CGAGAGAAAGCGAGGAGAGGAUAUAGAGCUGUGGCAGGAAGAGCCUGGAGCCGCUCAAAGUGCACUCAAACGCUCCUGGAGGUGUUUUUUUGUUGUGACAAAACAUCCGCCUCCGUGAUAAGUAAUUUUCUGUGUUGUUAUCAUUGAUAGGAGAGGAGAGGAGCUGCAGGAGGAGGAAUGGGGCCCAGCUGCAGGACUGCACAGCUUCUCCUCUGACAUGGAAUAAUUAUUGGAAAGUUUCUGCCACAACACGUCUACCACCCACUUACUUUUCUUUUCUAAAACACACCUUGGACAGUCACGAUGUUGAGAGGUUUGACUGGAAGCAUGAAGCAGCCAGAGAAGUGACCUCAGGGGGACACUAGAGCCUGGAGGGGCCACUCAGCUGGCACCAUGGCUUCUAAAGAGAGACUGUACGAGGUCUGGAUGCUCUACUGCACUAAGAGGGAUCCAGACUACUUGAAGUUAUGGCUGGAGAUUUUCAUCGGCUCCUAUGAGAGAUGCCUGGAUGUGGACUUUGAAAAACCACCUUCAAGGCCAGAGGAGGUUCCUCCGGUGCUGACGCUCCUCCCAGACAACAUCCUGCAGGUUUUGCGCCACCAGCUGCUGCAGUGCGUCCAGAAAGCCUCUGAUGGCCUGGAGCCUGAGCAGCAGAACCUCGCUCUGCUGCUGCUCAAGUUCCUCAUCAUCGUGUGCAGGAACCUGUCCAACGUGGAGGAGAUUGGCACCUGCUCCUACAUCAAUCACAUCAUCACAAUGACAACACUCUACAUUCAGCAGCUGAAGAGUAAGACCAAAGAGAAGGAGAUGGCCGACCAGAGCCAGGCCGAGGAGUUUGUCCGUCACGCGCUUGCUUUCUGUGAGAGCCUCUACGACCCGUACCGCAACUGGAGGCAUCGAACCUGCGGGGAGCAGCUGGGAACGGUAGAGAGGAGCAGACAGAAGUACAAAGCCGCUCCGCUCACUGUCGAGUUUGUUCCUUUCUUUUACCAGUGCUUCCAGGAGAGCGAGCACCUAAAGGAGAGUCUGAAAUGCUGCUUGCUGCACCUGUUUGGAGCCAUAGUAGCAGGUGAUCAGCGUAACGCUCUGUUGGCCAUCUCUCCAGCCACCAUGGAGGUGCUGAUGCGGGUGCUGGCUGACUGCUCCAUGGGGAGCUGCUCCUCAGACGAGGGCGAGGACUGGGACAGCGAGGCUCCGGACCGGAAGGCUCUGCUGACGCUGGGCUGCCUGCGGGAGGUGGUGCAGCGGCUCCUGGCCUCCAGCUCCGACCAGCGGCAGGUGGAAAUCGCCUCAGUGCUGGAAAACUACUUCAAGCUGCUCAACUCGGACCCUGCUGCCGUCGUUGCUUCCCAACAACAACAACAACAACAACAACAACAGCAACAACAACAGCAGCAGCAGCAGCAAGCGAAGGGCCGAGUGGCGACGCUGGGGCGACACUGGGAGAGCCGCUUUGUGGCGCUGCAAGUAAACAUGCUAGACACUAUCAGGGACAUGUUCCUGUGUUCAGACAGGCCAGUUCUACAAGCCAUCUUCCUCAACAGUAACUGUUUUGAGCAUCUGACGCGACUGCUGCAGAACAGCAAGGUGUUUCAAGGGCGACUCGACUCCCUCGCCGUAGCAACCAUCAAAGCCCUGACGACAGUGAUGCACAAAUCACCAGCUGCAAAGGAGGUUUUCAAGGAGAGGAUCGGUUAUAAUCACCUGUAUGAAGUUCUCACCUCGCUGGGCCAGCCGUCCCGACACCUCCUCAAAGAGCUGAUGAACAUGGCGGUGGAGGGCGAGCACUCGUCCGUGGGGCUCCUGGGCAUCAGUAACGUGGAGCCCCUGCUGCUGCUGGUCCAGUGGCUCCCGGAGCUGGACUCGUCGGAGCAGCAGCUCUUCACGGCCGACUGGCUCCGCCGCCUCAGCUGCCUGAACCGGCAGACCCGCGCCACCUGCGUCAACGCCGCCAUGGUGAUGCGAGCGCUGGCCGGGCUGGAGCGCCACCAGCGGCUGCACCGAGCCUGCGCCGAGAGCCUGCUGGGGCUGGUGGGCUCGUUGGGGUCCCAGUCUCUGAGCGCCAGGGAACUCCUGGGGCUCCUGCGGCUCCUGAGGCCUCCAGAGUCCACGCAGGCUCACCCCUACGUGGGUCCGGCCCUGAAGGCGCUGCUGGCCAUGGUGAGGAAGCAGGGCCUGGAGAGCGCCAUGCAGUACUUCGACCUGUCGCCCAGCAUGGCGGGCAUCGUGGUUCCCACGGUGCAGCGCUGGCCCGGCUCCGCCUUCAGCUUCUUCGCCUGGUUGUCUCUGGACCAGGACCAGCUGGGUCCUCUGAGCAAGGACAAGAGGAAGCAGCUCUACAGCUUUUUCACCCCUGGAGGGACGGGCUUCGAGGCCUUCAUCAGCUCAGCCGGCGUGCUGGUGGUCGCUGUUUGCACCAAGAAGGAAUACGUCACGGUCAUGCUGCCCGACUACUGCUUCUGUGACUCUCUCUGGCACAGCAUCGGUGUGGUGCACGUACCAGGGAAGAGGCCGUUCGGACAGAGUCUGGUCUACAUUUAUGUGGACGGGCAGCAGAAACUGUCCGCCCCGCUCAAGUACCCCACCAUGACCGAGCCGUUCAUCUCCUGCUGCAUCGGCUCAGCAGGACACCGGACCACCACGCCCCCGCCCUCCCAGAUCCCAGACCCCCCCUUCUCCUCCGCCACCACGCCGACCACGCGCUCCUCGCUGGGCGCCAUCCUGUCGCCGCAGACCUGGGGGGGCCUGCUGGGGGGGAAGCCUGAGUCUGUGACUAAGCUGAUCUCUGCAGGGACCCAGGACAGCGAGUGGGGAAGUCCUACCUCUCUGCAGGGCCAGCUGGGAUGCGUCAUGGUCUUCCAUGAACCCCUGCAGCCAAACCACAUUAAAGCCAUCUGCAGUGUUGGUCCAAACUGCAUCUCUCCGUUCAAAGCCCAGGAAUCUGAACUUGGCGACUUUUCAACCAAACUGCUGCUACAUUACUCACCCAAGGCGUGCAGGAACCCGAUCUGUUUAGAUCUGUCCCCAAACAUGCUGCACGGACGCCUGACUGGGAACAAAGUGGUCAACUGGGACAUAAAGGAUAUGAUCAACUGUGUGGGUGGCCUGCUGGUGCUCGUCCCCGUGCUGGAGCAGUUGUCCCUGAUCACUCCCGACCAGCAGGCCAGUGAUCCUGCAGCCGGAUCAGACUUCAUCACGCCUGAUGUGACGACGCCGGCGGAGGGAGACUGGGUCAUCCUGCCGUCCAACAGAGCCUCAGAGGCACGCCUGGAGAAGAAUCUGGUGGCCACUUUCCUGUUGGUGCUGAAACAUUUCCUGCAGAGACAUCCAAUCAACCAGGAGAAUCUGCUGCACUCACACGGGGUCGCCACACUGGGAGCUCUGCUGCAGAAGCUGCCUGCAGGUCACGUGGACGUCAGCGUGCUGGUCGCUGUGCAGCUGCUGAUCGAGCAGGUGACGUACGAGAAGAACCAGGCUCUGCUGCAGCAGCUCCACACACAUCUGCUGUUCAACUUCAACAUCUGGAACAAAGGAGACUUCCCUCUGCGGAUAGGUCACAUCCAGUACAUGUCCACUGUCAUCAAAGACAACAGGAAGCAGUUCAGGAAAAAAUAUGGGGUUCAGUUCCUUUUGGACACCGUACGCCUUUAUUACGGGAGGAGCAGCAACAAAGAGAGCGAGCUGAGCGAGGACGACAUCCGGACCAUCCGGGCGUCUCUCUGCGGCCUCAUCAAGUAUUACAUCAGUAAGGGCAUGUCUCAGGAGGAGAUGCACAGCAUUCUGGGAUACAUCGCUGCAAUAGGAGACGAGGAGCAGCUGUGUGGCCUGCUGGAGUUGUUGAUCAGCCUCCUCCAGACCAGCCCGGCCCGGGACCAGCUCUUCCUGCUGCUCUUUGAGCCCGGAGCGGCCGACUCCUGCUACGCUCUGCUGCUCAACAACAAGCACUCGGACCGGCUCAGGGAGCUCGUCUUCAAGCUGUUUGAGCGGAUGCUGCGCUGCGACCGCGUCUACGAGAAGAACAAGCAGCGUCUGCGGCUGAGGGAGGCGGGAUACUCCGGCCUGUCGCUGCUCUUCUCAGAGCUCCACAUCACCCCGACUCUGAUCCGCUGCCUCCUCAACCAGGUCCUCCACACAGAUCACGUGGUGAACUACAAGGACCUGAUGUCUCUGGUGCAGCUCACUCACCGAGCCGGACCCAGCGUACGGCUCCUCGUCUGCAAGAGGGUGUACCAGCUGCUGCAGUCCCAGCAGGACGCUGCGCUCCAGAUCUCCAGGCAGCAGUGUUGGCAGGACACUCUGAUGCGUCUCUAUCUCCGGGGUGAAGGCUCGCUGCCUCUCCGUGGCGCCGACACCAUCAGCGCCUGCAGCCUGGACCUGAGCCGACCCGGCGCCAGCACCAACCGGCUGGAGCUGCCGCUGGACCGGAGGACGCGGGCCGGCAGCACGGGACGCCUGGACCGCCUGGAGGACGACCGGCUCAGCAUCGGGGACACUCGCUCCGUGGACAGCCUGGAGAACGGGGACGUCAUCUCGCUGCUGGACACGCCGUCGUCCUCCGCCUCCACCGAGCCGCAGCUGCACCCCAAGCCCUGGGUGGUGGGGAAGUCCGGGGGGCUGACCCUGGAUCUGUCCCACCUGCAGGCCUACGAGGGCGGGGAGAGCGGCAGCCAGACGCCGGGCAGCAUGCCCAGCACGCCGUCCCCCCUGGAGAGCUCCAAGCCCUUCCCAGGGAGCAGCGGGGACCGGGACGCCACGUCCUCCCUCAACGAGGACAGCUUCCUCUUCAGUGACAACAUCUCACUGGGAGAGUCCUUCAACAACGCCGAGCGGGCGGAGGAGGAGCUGUGCAGCAUGCUGCUGGAGAUCGUGCUGUGUGUGAUGUGGCGAGGAGUCGAAGGUUCUGAUGACUCGGCGUGGCUGGAGCGCGGCCAGGUCUUCUCCGCUCUCACCAAACUGGCAACCGCCAACGAGCUGCUGCUUCCUGUCGACCAAAUCAAACUCAGUCUGAUGGAGCGUAUGCUGGAGUGGGCGGUGAGCGAUAACCGCGAGGCGUCGGCCGCCACGCUGCCGCAGCACACGGAGAACGCGGUGCGGCUGCUCCACAUGGUGCAGGACUUCCUGCAGGCGGAGGGGCUGGUCAACCCGGCGCUGUGGACGGAGAAGGUGCUGGAGGAGACGGUGACGCUGAUGGACAGCCUCAUGGUCUGGUACUCGUCCGGCUCCCAGUGGUUCCAGCUCUCCCAGGUGGGACUGAGGCUGCUGCUGGGCUUCAUGGCUCAGGAGGACCCAGAGGUCUGCGCCAUGGCGACCGCCAAGCUGAACGGCAUCCUGCAGACGAAGGAGGUGUCGAGCCAGGACGAGGCGUGCUACCUGCUGGGGAAGGUGGAGGGCAUCCUGCGGCGCUCCAUCCAGGAGCAGACGGAGGAGACCUACUCCUUCCUGGUCCCUCUGCUGCGGACGCUGCUCUCCAAGGUGCACCGCCUCCUCUACAUGGAGCUGCACCUCCCCCAGCUCCCCGACACCAACGGCAGCCCGUCCUUCUUCGAGGACUUCCAGCUGUACUGCAACUCACCCGAGUGGCGCGUCUACCUCGACAAAUAUAUUAUUCCGUACAUGAAGCAGUAUGAGAUCGAAACGUUCAGCCAGGGCCAUGAGACCAUGGCUCUGUACUGGAAGGAGUGCUACGAGGCCUUCAUGGUCAGCCUGCACAAGAGAGAGCGGGAGAGAGGCGAGAGCAAGAUCCGCUUCCAGGAGCAGUUUGUGGAGCCGUUCUCGCGGCGAGGCCGUCAGGAGAACCUGCGCUACAACAGCAUGCUGAAGCAGCAGCACAGCCAGAACAGCGCCACCCUCAGGCAGUGGAAGGCAGCACGCCGCGGCCUCGUGUGUGAGAGAGGACCCUGGGCAGACAGGCAGCAGGAUGAGAUGCACUGGAGGGUUUCCAGCGCUGAGAACUUUUCCCGCAUGAGGCUGAAGCUCGUCCGUAACUACAACUUUGACGCUCACCGAGAGGCCAGCGCUCUGAGAGACAACCUGGGCGUCCAUCAGCAGCGAGUCCACCCCGAGUCUCUGCUGCUGGAAGCUGUGAAGCAGGUCAAAGUCAGCGACCUGGAGGACGACAUCCUGGAGCUGCCGGAGGACGACCCGGCUGCUGCCAACAACCAAGUUGAAGCGGAGGAGGCGGGCCAGAAGGAGAAGCUGGUGCUGUGGGAGGACUGUGAGCUGGUGACGGUGGUGGACGUGGUGCCCGGCCGGCUGGAGCUCACCACCCAACACAUCUACUUCUACGACAGCAGCCAGGAGAAAGAGGAAGGAGUCGGCCAUGACUUUAAGUGGCCGCUGUCUCAGAUCCGAGAGGUUCACCUGCGGCGCUACAACCUGCGGCGCUCGGCUCUGGAGAUCUUCCUCAUCGACCAGACAAACUACUUCCUCAACUUCAAGAAGGAGGUGAGGAACAAGGUGUACAGCCGCAUGCUGCUGCUGCGUUCUCUCAGCCUUUACGGGACUCGAUCACCGCAGGAGCUGCUCAAAGCCUCCGGACUCACACAGAAAUGGGUGAACCGGGAGAUCUCCAACUUCGACUACUUGAUGCAGCUCAACACGAUCGCAGGCAGAACGUACAACAACCUGGCUCAGUAUCCAGUGUUCCCCUGGAUCCUGGCUGACUACACCUCCGAGGAGCUGGACCUGUCUGAUCCUCGGGUGUUCAGGGACCUGUCCAAGCCAGUGGCAGUUCUUAACGAACGAAACGCCAAAGCUGUCAGAGAGAAGUAUGAGAGUUUCGAGGAUCCGACGGGCACCAUCGACCGGUUCCACUACGGCACCCACUACUCCAACGCUGCUGGAGUGAUGCACUACCUGAUCCGGGUGGAGCCCUUCACCUCGCUGCACAUCCAGCUGCAGAGUGGACGGUUUGACUGUGCCGACCGCCAGUUCCACUCCAUCCCCGCCACCUGGCAGACGCUCAUGGACAACCCCAACGACGUCAAGGAGCUCAUCCCCGAGUUCUUCUACUUCCCAGAGUUCCUAGAGAACCAAAACAGUUUCGAUCUGGGUCGCCUGCAGAUCUCUAAGGAACGAGUAAAUGACGUUAUUCUGCCCAAAUGGGCCAAGUCCCCCGAGGAUUUCAUCUACAAACACCGCAAAGCCCUGGAGUCGGAGAACGUAUCGGCUCACCUGCACGAGUGGAUCGACCUGAUCUUUGGUUACAAGCAGCGAGGUCCUGCAGCCGUGGAGGCCCUCAACGUCUUCUACUACUGCACAUAUGAGGGGGCGGUGGACCUGGACGCUAUCACUGAUGAGAAGGAGCGAAAGGCUGUGGAAGGCAUGAUCAGCAACUUUGGACAGACGCCGUGCCAGUUACUGAAGGAGCCGCAUCCGGUGCGUCUGUCCCAGGAGGAGGUGGAGAAGAGGAAGGCUCAGCUGGACUCGUGUCCUCUCAACAUGUUCGAACACCUCAGCGACCUCAAGUCCUUCUUUGUCGAGGGCAUCAGUGACCGGGUGCCGAUGGUGAAGGCCGUGGUGCCAAAGAAUCAGUCCCAUUCCUUCAUCACCCAGGGGAGCCCUGACACCAUGGUGACGGUGAGUCAGAACUGCCUGGUUGGGACCCACGGGUGGCUGCCUUACAACAAGAACAUCUCCAACUACUUCACCUUCAUCAAGGACCCCACAGUGUCCAACGCCAAAACGCAUCGUUUCCUCUCCGGGCCCUUCGCCCCCGGGGUGGAGGUCACCGCCGGCCUCUUUGUGGUCUCACACGACGGGAAGCUGCUCUUCAGCGGCGGUCACUGGGACAACAGCCUCCGGGUGACCUCGCUGGUGAAGGGCAAGACGGUGGGACAGCACAUCAGACACAUGGACAUCGUGACCUGCCUGUCCACAGACCACUGCGGCAUCCACCUGAUCUCCGGCUCCAGAGACACAACCUGCAUGGUGUGGCAGGUUCAGCAGCAGGGUGGAGCUCCUGUGGGUCUCUGUCCCAAACCAGUCCAGGUGUUGUACGGACACACGGACGAGGUGGUCAGCGUCAGCAUCAGCACAGAGCUGGACAUGGCGGUGUCUGGAUCACGGGACGGGACGGUGAUCAUCCACACGGUGCGGCGGGGUCAGUACAUGCGCUGCUUGCGGCCGCCGUGUGACAGCUCGCUGCCGCUCUCCAUCCUCCACCUGGCCGUGUCCUGGGAGGGUCACCUGCUGGUCCACACCUGCAUCGAGGGCAAAGCCACGCUCAAGGAUAAAAACGCCCUCCACCUUUACUCCGUCAACGGGAAGCACCUCUGCAGCGAGCCUCUGAAGGAGCAGGUGACUGAUAUGUGUGUUUCAGGAGAGUAUGUGGUCAUCGGCAGCGAGCAGGGAUACCUGUCCAUCAGAGACCUCUACAGUCUGUCUCUGAGCUCGGAGCCCAUGGCCAUGAGGGUGCCGGUGCGCUGCGUCUCGGUCACCAAGGAGCAGAGCCACGUGCUGGUGGGCCUGGAGGACGGCAAGCUGAUCAUCGUGGGCGUGGGCAAGCCGGCGGAGGUAAAGAACUCGCUGAGGAACUACAUCGCUCAGAGCCUGGAGGGAUCGCCGCUCAUGGCCUCCCCUCUGCUGGCGCCGCUCCGAGCUCGCUCGCCAACACGCCUGCUGCACCAGCGAGACCAGCUGGUGUUCAGCCCCUCCUCCAGCUCUCAUAAACCCCAGCGCCUCUAGUCCCCCAUAGCUCCCCCCAUAGCUGUACAUCUCACACACACACACACACACACACACAGAUAUCACCUGUGUUGCAAAGACCUUUGACCCCUCCGUCACCUCUCCGUCUCAGGGAUUCACAGUCCCUCACACAUUCCUUCAGCGCUCCGCUGAGCACACACAGUAGCCACUAGAACCACAACUGUGACAUUAAAAACAAGUUUUUGUGCUUACCUCAUCCUCUUAUCAAAACUAUUUGGCAUCUGUGCAAUAUUUUACCCUGAUUUGGCCACUGGGAUAAGCUCCUCCCUCUGCUGUUAUAACCUGAAGUGUCAUUACGUUAACGUGUUUGCGUGUUCUCUAUAACAAAUAUGCUGUGAAACAAGACUAAUUAACGCUUCUGCAGACUCAAGCCAUAUUAAUAGAGUAGCUACGAUGCAAACUAAUAACCUUGCACCACUUCUAUUGUUCUGAUAGUGUAAAUAUAGAGUAGAUGGCAGCCUGUCAAUCAUCCUGCUUCUCAUCUUUUCUCACCCAAGUGAAUCAAGCUUUGAUUUUAAGCGUCAAUCAAGCUCCAAUGAACUAAUCAAUCACUCAUGAAUCAUAUCCCUCCUCCUCUUUUUUUAUUUCUCCCUCGUUUCCUUUGACUUUUUUCUUUCCCC